CAGCCUCAGUGGAGCCUAGAGAGACCGCCCAAUAGCGCAGAGCAGACGGUUCCUCUGAACCCCAGUCUCCUUCUAACUCUGCGCUCACACACGCCUCUCUCUCUCUUACCCAAUCAGACAGACACCCUUGUGGGUGGACAGCUCCCUUCCUGAUUCAGAAGGAUUCUCAGCUUAUGUCAUCACCCGUCCAGCACUACCCUCAUAGAGCAGAGGCGCCUUGCUUCAGCAGCCUGGGCCACCUCUACGACACCUGAAGUAACUGGGCUAACAGAGACCGACAGACCGGUCAGCCCUGCCUGGCACUGACAGCCGUAAUCUCGGGAGCAAAGCAGCCACCGCGACGUGGGCUCUACCUAUUUGCGGAAAAGAAAGUUUUCGCAGCGCAGCCAUGAGCACCCAUCAGGAAACUGGGACCUUCGGAGUGUGGGACUAUUUGGUGUUUGCCGGAAUGCUGUUUAUCUCUGCAGCCAUAGGCGUUUACUACGCCUUCUCCAGAGGCGGCCAGCAGACUCCGAAGGACUUCAUGAUGGGCGGUCGGAAGAUGACGGCAAUGCCAGUGGCGCUGUCCCUCACCGCCAGCUUCAUUUCAGCCAUCACCGUCCUGGGUUCGCCCUCUGAGGUCUAUCGCUUCGGGUCCAUAUUAAGCUUGUGGGCCAUCAGCUACGUCUUAGUGGUUCUCAUCACUGCCGAGGUUUUCCUCCCAGUCUUUUACAGGUUGGAAAUUACCAGCACCUACGAGUAUUUAGAGCUUCGUUUCAAUAAACACAUUCGCCUCUGUGGAACAAUACUCUUCAUCUUUCAAACGAUUCUGUAUACUGGCAUUGUUAUUUAUGCUCCGGCUCUGGCUUUGAAUCAAGUCACAGGAUUCAACCUAUGGGGUGCAAUCAUUGUCACGGGAGUGGUCUGCACUUUCUACUGCACAAUGGGUGGUUUCAAAGCUGUCAUCUGGACAGAUGUUUUCCAAGUUGGAAUCAUGGUGGCAGGACUUUUGUCCGUGAUCAUACAGGCUGCUGAGAUUCAAGGUGGGAUCAACAAAAUUCUAAAUGAUUCUUAUCACGGAGGAAGAUUAAACUUCUGGGACUUCAAUCCAAACCCUUUGCAAAGGUAUAGCUUCUGGACAAUCAUUAUUGGGGGAACUUUCGCAUCAACCAGUAUCUAUGGCAUCAAUCAAUCCCAGGUUCAGCGGUACAUCGCCUGUAAAAGCAGGUUCCAAGCAAAAAUGUCUCUUUAUAUAAAUCUUAUAGGACAAUGGCUAAUUCUUGCCUGUACGGUGUUUUGUGGGCUUGCCAUUUAUUCAAGGUACCAUGACUGUGAUCCUUGGACUUCAAAGAAAAUAUCAGCACCGGACCAGCUCAUGCCCUAUUUGGUGUUGGACAUUAUGCGAGAUUAUCCAGGACUCCCAGGACUCUUUGUGGCAUGUGUAUAUGGUGGAACAUUAAGCACAGUGUCCUCCAGUAUCAAUGCUUUAGCUUUAGUAACGAUUGAAGACCUCAUCAAACCUCACUUUCGGUCACUCUCAGAAAAGACUCUAUCUUGGCUUUUGAAAGGAACAAGUGUGUUGUUUGGAGUUCUGUGCAUUGGAAUGGCAGCCCUAGCAUCCCUUAUUGGGUUUUUGUUACAGGCAGCUAUCAGUAUCUUUGGUAUCAUUGGUGGGCCCCUUUUGGGUUUGUUUGCUCUGGGCAUAUUGGCUCCCUUUGUCAACUCAGUGGGAGCAUUUAUAGGCCUCACUGCUGGAUUUGUCAUUUCCCUUUGGAUUGGAAUUGGAGCUCAGCUCUAUCCCCCCCUUCCGGAGAGGACUUUACCCUUGAGCCUCACUACCGAUGGCUGUAACAUGACUGACUUCCACCACCAGGGGAAUUGGACCACAACCACAGAAACGACAUUUUCUACAAGUACUUUGCAAGUUAAUAGUACUGAAAGAACUCCCCUAAUGGAUAAUUGGUAUUCCUUAUCAUAUAUGCACUUCAGUACCAUUGGGACUUUGGUCACUGUAUUUGUGGGAAUCAUCAUUAGUCUCCUAACAGGAGGAAGAAAGCAGAGUUUAGAUGAUAGAUUCCUACUAACCAAAGAAGAUUUUUUAUCCAACUUUGACUUUUUCAAGAGGGAGAAACUAAUCUUAAACCCUCAAUCUUACACAAAGGAAGAUGGUGGAAUUGAUAACCCUACCUUCAGCUACACUGAAAUGUACUCCACUGCUGAGAGUAGAAAAAUCAGCGGGCCUUGAUGAUGUAGGAUGAACUUGAAUGUUGGUUUUUUUUGAAUACUUUUCUAAAAUUAUUGAAUUGUAUUUAGAUUUUGCUUUAAAAUA